AUGCCGCAAGCCAGUACCAUGUGCAAGAGGACUGUGCGCAUCAGCAAUGGCUCUCUCAUUUUGGCUUAUAUGUCUAUCAUUGACGAUCAGAGUACAGGAGACUCCGCUUACAGGGCCCAAGCAUUCUCACGUUCUUCCUCCCGCUCGGAUGUGCCUGGGACCACAGGCUUGUUCACCGGAUCUAGAGGAGAUGGGCUCGUCAAUUGUUCCGGCCACGGCCCUCGGGAGCGGGAAUGGCUAAAAGUUGACCAGGGCCCAGGGUAUUCGCAGGCUUGUACCUUUUGCACGCUGAUAUUAGCGCUGCUCUUUGUUAAUGCUGCUACUGCCCUCCGCGCUAUCAACAUCAGGGACGGCGGCGAUGCUCGUGUCGGUAAUGCUACGUUGAAGGGCAAUUCCACUUCCGACGGAGGCUCUGGUCAACAGAGCUACAAAGAACAGGCGGGCGAAAACAAGUACCUUCUCGGCGUUGGCAAGGCAGACAUUACAGGUCCUGUUGCCGAAGUCGCACUCACAGGCUAUGCCAAUCUACAACAAAUUGGAUCCGGGCUCCGGCAGAGACUCUUUGCGCGUGCUUUCAUCAUUGGCGACACCGAGGACCCCAGCGCCAGGAUCAUCUAUGUCGUCCUCGACGCGCUUGUCGGCGACACAAGUGUCCGAUUCGGUGUCCUCGACGCUCUAUCCAAACUUGGCGACGACUACAAGAUGUAUGGCCAGCAGAAUGUCGCCCUCGCCGCUGUUCACAGCCACUCUGCGCCCGGUGGCUGGAACAAUUAUCUGACACCUCAGAUUCCUGGCCUUGGGUUCAACGACCAGAGCUACGAUACACUCGUGGAUGGAACUGUUGAAGCCAUCAAGCUCGCUCACCAGAGCCUGACGGAGGGGACUUUAGACGUCGGAACCACGGACAUCAAGGAUGCCUCCAUCAACCGCUCUCUGUGGGCCUACCUCAAUAAUCCCCGUGAAGAACGUGCCCGAUAUGCCGACUCGACCGACAAGACCAUGACGCUUCUACGCUUCAAACGCUCCGAGGACGACAAAAUUGUGGGCGUCCUCAAUUGGUUCCCGACCCACGGCACCUCCCUGUACCGCAACAAUACUCACGUUGCGGGUGACAACAAGGCUCUCGCGGCCUGGAUGGUCGAGCAGGAUGCCAAGUCGAGCAGUCAGUACGCCGAUAACUUUAUCGCGGGCUUCAGCCAGGCGAACCUGGGCGAUGCUUCGCCCAACGUGGAGGGCGCUUGGUGCGAAGAUGGCUCGCAAGCCCAAUGCCACCUCGAGGAUGCCACUUGCAAGGACGGCACUGUUCUCAAGUGCCAAGGCCGCGGUCCCUACGCCGGCCUCCCCGACUUUGGUGCCAAGAGUUGUCACGAGAUUGCCACCCGCCAGUUCAACGGUGUGCAGAGAAUCAUGAAGUCCAAUGACUGGACGUCGAUCCAUGGCCCGGUCAAGUCAUUCCAUCUUUUCCAGGACAUGGCCGACUUCGAGUUCAAACUCCCCAGCGGCGACAAGGCCAAGACGUGCGCUGCGGCGCUAGGCUACUCGUUCGCAGCAGGCACCACCGAUGGCCGCGGCGAGUUUGACUUUAUCCAAGGAAACGCUGGGCGACCGCAUAACCCGUGGUGGGACUUUGUCCAGAACAUCGCCAAGAAGCCGUCCCAGGUUCAGGUGGAAUGCCACAAACCCAAGCCCAUAUUCCUGUCUGCGGGCGAGAUCUCCUGGCCCUAUGCCUGGGAGCCCAACAUUGUGGACGUUCAAAUGUUUCGCGUCGGGCAAAUCUUUGUCAUUUUGAGCCCUAGCGAAGUCACGACGAUGAGCGGGCGCCGCUGGAAGGAGGCCGUGGCCAAGCAGGCGGCGACACACGUUGCGGAUCCCAUCGUGGUUCUCGGCAGCCCCGUUAACGUAUAUGCCCACUACGUAACCACGUCAGAGGAGUACGAAAUGCAGCGUUACGAGGGCGCGGCCACCCUGUAUGGUCGCCACGAGCUGGACGCCUAUAUCAGUCUCAGCACCAGCAACAUGCGCUACCUCGAGGCCAACGCGACCGGCAAGCCAGCCGCCGGUCCCACGCCGCCCAACAACGUGCAGCGAGCCCUACGGCUGCUCCCUUCCUCCCUGUACGACACGACGCCCUUUGGCCGCGCGUAUGGCGACGAGGUGGCGAGACCGCGGCCGGCGUACACGCGCGGUGAGGUCGUCAAGGUGACGUUUCAGGGCGCCAACCCGCGCAACAACCUUCGCCUCGGGGGUACGUACGCCGCCGUAGAGCAGAAGGGCGACGAUGGCACGUGGACGCAGGUCCGCGACGACUCGGACUGGUUUCUGCUGUUUACGUGGCGCAAGACGAGCACGUUCAUCGGCCGGUCAGAGGUUGACAUUGAAUGGGACACGGCGGGCAAUGCCGCGCCGGGGACGUACCGUUUCAGGUACUAUGGUGAUGCCAAAAAUUAUGGCGCGGGCGCAAAGGGUUUCACGGGCACGAGCAGCCCGUUCUCCCUUAGUUAG